AUGAUUUACGUGAUGGCACAACUCCCAUAUAAUUUUACAUAUGACGAUAUGGCUUUCAACUGCCUGAUGAGAUCCGUGUGGGCCGCUUCCGUUGGAUGGAUAAUUAUAGCUUGUGCUCAUGGAUAUGGAGGUCCAAUAAACUGGUUCCUGUCGUUGCCUAUGUGGAAACUGCCGUCCAGGAUAUCUUAUGCUGUUUACUUGAUCCAUGUUCAAGUCGAGGUAUUGCAUACAGUCGGUGUUGUAAAACCUCGUUACUUUACUGAAAUUGACACUUUAUACUCCUGCGCAAGUUAUGUUACGAUCUCCAUGAUCCUUGGCUUCUGUAUUUGUAUUCUGGUUGAUGCACCAACUUCAACGCUACUUAAGAUACUGUUUGGUUACGGCUAUGGCAUCCGCCAUCUUCAAAUGAUAUGCAUGGGAUUGAAUAUGAUAACAUUGUUUAUUGGAAGAGGAAGCAUGGGCGUCGCUGUACUGGCUAUGACAGACAUCAGCAGACGAAGAGAUGCGAGAGUUGAGAUUUACGACUGGGAUAAGAAAACCCAAGGCAUCAUCCUCUCGUCUUUCUUCUGGGGGUAUAUGUUGAUGCAGGUGCCAGCUGGUCUCCUAUCCAAGAGGUUCGGGGGUAAACUCGUUAUCUUCGUGGCUUUGUUGGUAAACGGCUUCGUGUGUGGUCUUCUACCUUCUAUUGUCAAAAUCGGUGGUUGGCAGAUAGUAUGCGCUUGUCGAUCUCUGAUGGGGCUAUCCCAAGCCUGUCUCUUCCCAGCAAGUCACACACUCUUGGGGAAAUGGUUGCCCUCGCACGAGCGCACAUCGUAUACCGGUCUGGUUUAUGGGGGAUGUCAACUGGGUAUCGUCAUAGCCAUGCCAGUGUCUGGCCUUCUAGCAGCCACCACCCUGGGCUGGAAGCUGAUCUUCUACGCCAUAUCAGCGAUUAUGUUCCUAAACGCUUUUAUAUGGUACUACUUCGCUGCCAGUUCCCCUGGACAGCAUAAGCUUAUAUCGCCAGAAGAAAGAGAAUAUAUUGAGAGGGAUUUGAAUGUGUCCCAGCCAGCUAAUUUCCGAACGCCCUGGUUAAAGAUAUUGGGUACCCGAGGCUUCUGGGGAGCGCUGGCGGGUCAUAUUGGAUCAUCUGUGGUUUAUAUCCUGUUCUUCGUGGACAUGCCAACAUAUUUGGAGAAGGGGCUUAAUAUCAGUUUGACUAGCAGCGCAACGCUGUCAGCCUUACCUUACAUAGGAAUGGUGGUUGGGAACGUGAUAUCUUCUCUUCUCUGCGAGAGAUUGUACAACAAGGGUGUCUUCCGAUUGGUUACUUUAAGAAGAAUCUUUAAUAGUAUAGGUGUCGCUGGCGUUACUGUCGGUUUGUUAGCUCUGUCCUUUGCCAAAUCGGACAGCAAAGCUUUGGCUGUUGGAAUGCUAACCGUGACUCUCUCUCUCUGUGGCUUUGUUUCUGCUGGAUUUAUGAUGAGUCUUCUGGAUCUAUCACCGAAUUACAGCGGUGUGAUGCUUUCUAUCACCAAUUGCAUCACCUCGAUGGGGGCAGUUUUGACUCCCAUCACAACUAGUUUUAUUUUGAGAAACGAUCCAACGGAUGUGAGCCGCUGGCGCAUCGUGUUCUUUGUUACAGCAGUCAUCGGUGUGAUAAGCAACACCCUGUAUGUUCUUCUUGUGAGCGCGGACCGUCAAGUGUGGGACGAUCCUGACUACAUGGAUAAACGGAAGGCUGACCCGGAGGAACGAAAACCGGCGUUAUCCAAAGAACAUACUGUUGAACUGAAACAAUUAGAUCGAUGA